GACAAGACACUGGCAUUAACAUAUGAUUGGAUUUCCAUUGACUUAUCAUUAGUUUUUCUUGGUUUCCAGAUAUCUAUCUAUCUAUCAAUCAUCAUUAUAUGGUCGAUUGCUGCCUUUUUUUGCCGGCCCUUUUGCUUGUUAUGAAGAAAGAAAUAGAGGCUGUAGAGAUCAAUCCAUACACUUCUUGACAGGCAAAUGUGUCGGUUCAAAGCAUAGCCUUUUUUUGGUUCCAUUUUUUUUUUCUGGGGUAGGUUGUUGUUUGCCGUGAGGAUGGGCAUAAUGGAGGGAGGUGAGGAGGUGACGAGAGGUGGUCAUGAGGAGUGUAUAUUUGUGUCAGUCAGACUGAGGCCUUUGAAUGAGAAGGAGAUUUUGAAGAAUGACGUUUCAGAUUGGGAAUGCAUCAAUGACACUACAAUUAUCUACAAGAAUGCUAAUCUUUCUGCCUCUGAGCGGUCAAUGUACCCUACAGCUUAUACAUUUGACAGAGCUUUUAGGAGUGAUUGCACCACAAGGCAGGUAUAUGAAGAAGGAGCUAAGGAAGUUGCUCUUUCAGUAGUUGGCGGAAUCAAUGCAACUCUUUUUGCGUACGGACAAACAAGCAGUGGAAAAACGUUUACCAUGACUGGAAUUACCGAAUACACCAUAGGAGAUAUAUAUGAUUACAUACAGAAGCAUAGGGAAAGAGAAUUCAUUCUAAAGUUCUCGGCAUUGGAGAUCUACAAUGAAUGUGUUAGAGACCUCCUUAGCACAGAUACCACUCCCCUUCGACUUCUAGAUGAUCCGGAGCGAGGGACCAUUGUUGAGAAACUCACAGAGGAAGUUGUAAGGGACUGGGACCAUGUGAUUGAACUCCUUUCUGUCUGCGAAGCUCAAAGACAGAUAGGAGAGACCGUGCUCAAUGAGACAAGCUCCAGAUCUCACCAAAUCAUCAGAUUGAUGGUUGAAAGCUCUGCCCGUGAAUUUUUAGGCAGGGAAAAUUACAGCACUCUUGCAGCUACUGUGAAUUUUGUAGAUCUGGCUGGAAGUGAGCGUGCAUCUCAAUCAUUAUCGGCAGGAACAAGAUUAAAAGAAGGCUGCCACAUUAAUCGCAGUUUGCUAACCCUGGGAACUGUGAUUCGCAAGCUAAGCAAGGGAAAAAAUGGACACGUUCCCUUCAGAGACUCUAAGCUAACCCGCAUACUGCAGUCAUCCUUAGGAGGUAAUGCCAGAACAGCCAUCAUUUGCACUAUGAGCCCUGCACGAAGUCACAUUGAGCAAUCAAGAAAUACACUUCUUUUUGCCAGUUGUGCCAAAGAAGUAACCACCAAUGCACAAGUUAAUGUUGUCAUGUCCGAAAAGGCAUUGGUAAAGCAUUUGCAGAGGGAAUUGGCCAGACUAGAGAGUGAAUUGAGAAGUCCUGGAACUACUGUUGUAACAUCAGAUUAUGCAGCACUACUUCGAGGCAAAGAUCAUCAAAUUGAAGAGCUUGAGAAGGAGGUAAAAAAUUUGAUUCUACAGCGUGAUAUUGCUCAAUCUCAACUCAAAGACUUGCUACAGCUUCUUGGACAAGAUAGAAAUUCUCUUAGGGGGAUUGGUUUGAGGAAUUACCCUCACCUGCGGAUCCAUGAGUCACCAGAUUCUGAACACCCAGUACCUGAUACAUCCAGUCUGUUAGAUUCUCCAACGUUUUCUUGUGGAAACAGCAGGAGUAGUUCUGAGGAUAACUUUAUCCGGGUACCAGACUUUGUAAACAACUUUCAGGAUAACAAUACUUCUCCAAGGAUGUUAGUACUCUCUUCUAAUUUUAGCGAAAGUGAAUCAUGUCAAGGAUGGGAGGAAAUGGACAAAAGAAGCAGUGGAACAUCAGAAGACUUAUGCAAGGAAGUUCGUUGCAUUGAAGUGGAAGACUUUAGUUAUCCAUGUCCUUUAGAACACCAAUCCAAUGCUUUAUCAAUAACUGGUGGAGACAAGGAAAUUCCUGAACUACAAUCAUCUCCAUUGGAGGAUGAGAGAAGAUCACCAUCACCUUCACUCAAGGAAGAAAAACAACUGGCACCAAUUGCAGUAAAGGAAGAUAAAGAACUUGUAUCACUGCCAUUAAUGGAAGAUGAGCAAUUGGUGUUGCCACAAUCGAAGGAUGAGAAAGAGUUACAUUGUAUUGAUUCUUCUUAUGUUCCUACUGCAAAUUCAUCUCCUCUUCAGGAUCUUCUAGCGGACUCAGUUGGUUCAAAUGGCUUGUCAUUGACUAAAAGCAGAAGCUGCAAUGCAAGCAUUACUAUGACAAACAAUACUCCACCGGAUGGGUCAGAGAGAGAAUUUAUUGCCAGAAAAGAGGGUAUUAAGAGGAAACUGCUGAAAUUUGAUUUUGAUGUGGAAAGGUUAUCAAGGGAAGGUUCUCACCCUUCUGCAGAGAAUGUGGUUGAUAAUAAGUUUGAAGCGUCAAAUGAGAUAUCUUCUAACACUGAUAAUGUUAUCAGGGUUGAUACAUGCCCAAGGACAACGGAGCUUCAUCCUGAAACUGAAGUUCCUGACAAUCCUAUAAAAGAAUCAGAAGAAAAAUCCAGCCAAGCUAUGAAGAUUGUUAAAGAUGUUGGCUUAGAUCCAAUAGAAGACGAGCACGUCGGUCUUAGGAAUUGGCCAACUGAAUUCAAGAGGCUUCAAAAAGAAAUUAUUGAACUCUGGGCAGCUUGUAGUGUUUCACUAGCGCAUAGAACCUAUUUCUACCUUCUAUUCCAAGGUGAUCCUACAGAUGCCAUAUAUAUGGAGGUAGAGACGAGGAGGAUGAUCUUUCUCAAGGAUACAUUUUCUCGAGGAGAGAAAACUAUGUUAAAUGGUCAGACAGUAUCUCUCGCUUCAAGUAUGAAGGCUCUUCGUCGUGAAAGGCGGACGCUAAGCAAGCAAAUGCUGAAGAAGUUCUCAGAAGAAGAAAGGCAAAGCCUCUUCCUUAAGUGGGGUAUUGGGCUUGACACAAAACUCAGGAGGUUACAGUUGGCUCAGCGCUUGUGGACCAACACAGAAGACAUGAACCACAUUGCUGACAGUGCCUAUAUUGUUGCCAAGGUGGUCGGGCUUAUUGAACCAGGGCAACAUGCUCCAAAAGAGAUGUUUGGACUCAACUUUACACCUCGAAGCUCAUCAAAAACCUAUAGUUUCAAACGGAGUUUGAUAUCUCUUUUGUAAAUGAUGAAUAUGAAUGGAGUUCGUGAGAGGAAGAUUUCACACAAUUGUUCAGAACCUUUGCAGGCUCAAAUUUUUUAAUUGGGUGGGUUUCGCCUUUGGUUUGUCCAUAUUCUUAAAUUUGCUUGCUGAUUGCAGAUUGAUUGUAGGGAGCAUCGUAUAUUCCCCAAUGAUGUUACAAUUUGUACUCUCUUACUCCUCCUGUUAUAUACUUGCAUUGAGUAGGAUUGGCCAAAACUUAUGCUCAGCCUAAUUAAAGCACAUAAUAAAGAUUUGUUUGAUGCAUGAGCAA